AUGAGGCUGAUGCUUCCCUUGGAGGCCACUGCCGACUGCAUGAUGUCCGACCAUGCUGCAUCUGGACAAGAGUUGCUCACGGUUGAGUACAUAUACCGACAUCCGACCAAGCUACUCGACUUCUUGGCUGCAACUCUUACGGAACAAAACUGCCUACCAGGCUUCGCUCAUGAUCGCUAUUACGACAGAUGGCACAUUCUCCUCAGGGCAGACGAUGGCCGUGUCUUUCGGAUCACCUUGGAAGCGAUCAUGCAGCCUCAUGUCCGAAGCGAUUCAACCACCCAGCUGCUGGUGGAAAGCAUGGCCAGAUUCCCCGAUGCUUGGCAUGCCGAGCCACUCGACCAUAACACGUAUCUGGCAUGUAGCUACAUGAACAUCAAACAUCGCUGCUUCCGUUCCGAUGAUGGUCACCUACUUGCAGUCCGGCUGGAAGUCGACCGACUACUUCUUGAGCCCGCAAAGCCCAGCCAUCUUGAGAAGCCUGUGGCGCAGCUCGCAGUGGCAUUGCUUGCUCCUCAUCGAGCGACUGCCGGUGUCGAGCAGCCAAGUUCUCGAGAGCUACCCUCGGCACCCCGCCCGGCCAAGUCAGAGCGAGGUGCUCCGGCCAAACCUCACCCUAAAGCGAAGCAGACGUCCUCGCCAGAGCAACAGAGCAGCUCGGAAUCGUCGCACAGUCAACAAAGCGAGGUGCGAGCUGAGCCAUCUGGCUCGAACCAUGGAUUCUCAGGCGAGCAGCAAGGUGACGCCCAGCUUGACUCUUUGUCAGCCUCGUCCACAGACUCUCCGCCAUCGACUCCACGACAGCCGCGACGACCCCAAAACAAGCCGGCGAUCUCAUCGGAUCAGGAUUCCGAUAGUCCACAGCAUAGCUCCACGCCAAGUCUGCAGUCCGACGCCGUGCCAGCCUCAGCUGCUCAUCAAUCCUUCGAGCUAAAUCCAAGCUCCUCGACAUCGCAGCAGUACGACGUGGUGCAUGCUCUGCACGAGAAUCGUCCCUCAAGCUCAAAGCGAAGCUUCUCGACGUUUCAGAGCUGCGAAACCAGACAGCCUUCAUCUUCGACAGAGGAGCUACCCAACUCGAAGCGGAGCGCCCCACAACAACAGCUUCAAGCACCCAUCCGCCACUCGAACAGACAUUUUGUCAUGGAAGAUCUUCAUCACAGGGUCAUCCAGUCGUGUGCGUACGGCUACCAAAGUCAGCACUUCAAGGUCGGUCGUCGUGCUCUUUCCCCCUUCGAUAUGUGCAGUCUGGGCCGGAAAAGGGUCGUCUCUGGCGACCUUCUCGACGCUUACUUUGACUUGGUCACCAAACACUUUGCCUUGGACCGCAUCAAGAUUCUCGACUCGGAGUUUGUUAGCCUUCUGGCCGAGAUGGACGACGAAGAAGCUGCGCUUCAGCAUGGAAUAGCCAAGGGAGAACCGGCGGUUGGGGCCAGCAUCGCUGAUCUCGAUCUCAUUCUCAUGCCGACGCAGAUGGGCGAUCAUUGGACCUCCGUUGCCAUCGACGUCAAGCAUCAACAGCUUCAUCAUUUCGAUUCCAAGCGCACUCAGCAAUCGUCUCAAAUGGCGUUCAAGCUUGGCAGAAAACUCCUGCAGGCAGAAUUUGCCGUGGAGGAGGUGGAUUUCGGGCUCCAGGUGUGGACGGAGCGCGACGAUGAGCGCUUCCCUCAGCAGGCAAACACAUACGACGGAGGCAUCUUUGCGGCCCAGGCAAUCAGGCAGCUGUGUCAAUCGCAUGUAUCUUUGCGCAGUCUCACCGAGCAAAGCUGGAACUUCAACCAGGAGGACAUCGAUGGCCUCCGAUGGCACAUGUGGCUGGAAGUCACUGCAAGGCAAAUCCACCCUCUUCCGGUCUGA